CACAUCACAAUGGAGAAGAAUUUAACAUUUCUUGAAGAUAUGAAAAAAGCGUUUGACGCAUUCAAGAACACGCCAAAAGAUGAGCUGCUCUUCACAUACAAUGGAGUGAUGUAUCCCACAGCAAUAUGUGAUACUGAAACAUUUCAAACUAUUGAGACGUUUGAAGCACGUGAAGAGGAUUUGAUGAUGGUAGCCUAUCCUAAAUGUGGAACCAACUGGACUAUGUUACUCCUAAAUGGCAUUCUUGAUGCAGCUUACAAAAAGGAACCAGCCAAGGUCAUUCCAAUGAUUGAGUUUAAAGCGCCCAAUAAGUUUGAGAGACUAAAAGCCGAACCUUCACCAAGAGUGUUAGGAACGCACAUGCAUUAUGGCAACAUACCUCAACCAUUUUUUGAUAAGAAGGUUAAGAUGCUGGUGUCCUUUCGGAAUCCAAAAGAUACGGCCGUGUCACUUUUUAACUUCUACAAGAACAACCCAGUGCUCCCCACCUACAACAGCUGGGAUGAUUUUUUCCCAGACUUCAUGGCUGGAAAAGUUAUCUGGGGAUCAUACUUUGAUCAUGCAGUUGUCUGGAACAAACAUAUUGAUAAAGACACAGUUUUGUUGAAGACAUUUGAAGAUAUGAAAGAAGACUUGAAAGGAUCAGUUGAGAAGAUCUGUAAAUUCUUUGGAAUUUCUAUUACUGAAGAGCAAGUGAAGCAAAUCGCUGAAAAAGGAACAUUUAAGUCUAUGAAAGAGAAUUCCGAGAAAACUCAUGGUUCUUUAGGACAGGUUGUUUUUAGAAAAGGGGACGUUGGAGACUGGAAAAACUACUUCUCAGAAGCUCAAAGCCAAGAAGUAGAUGCAAAAUUUGAAGAGUGUUUAGGAGGAACCAAGCUUGGAGAAUUACUGAAGUAUAAUGUCCACUGUACAUGGUGAAACUGUAUUGUAAUGCAGUAAAUGUUUUCUAUUUGGGUCAUUUGUACU